UCCAGUACGAAGAGCUCAUGCCAACAACCAUCUCUGGAGCUAGAUGGUUCCUACUUGGGUAUUGGGGGACCUCAAACUUUCUAUAAGAACAGUAGAGCAUCAAAGGCUGGAAGCCCAGCCCGUGUUGCAUCAUUUCAGCCUUGCAGGAAUAAUCAGAAUCACGGGACUGAAAUCCAUUACAACUAUCAGAAGUGUCUGAAGGAAUAUCCGGUAGAAAAUGGCUUGCACAGAAAGUGUAACAAUAUGAUUUCCCCAGCCAAGCAGAGGAGCCCUCAUCGUGUAAAACCAGCUCAGGAGAUGGACCAGAAAGCAAAUGAAUUUCAGAGCCCAUGCCCUCAGCAAGUGAGUCACGGUUGUGCCUGCAGGCAUGUAGGGAGCUCAGGGAGCGUGCAAGAGAGCCACCAUGUCAGCCAGCUACCUAGAAGACACCCUGGGCCAGUUCACAAAACCUGUGAUUAUUCUAGGUGCUCUGGAGUUUCUGGGCUGAAUGACAGCGUGGACUCAGGGCCUAAAGAAACAGAGCAGGCUAAAAGGUUGUAUGAAGAAAGAAGGCAGAAGCUGCUUCUGCAGAAAAUGGAGCUGGAAAUUGAAAAGGAACGACUCCAACAUUUGUUGGCUAAGCAAGAAGCAAAACUGCUCCUAAAACAACAGCAACUACACCAGUCCCGUAUGGAUUAUAACAGGUUUAGAGGCCACGUACCAGGUUCAGAGGAUGUGCCCAUUGAUGAAGCACCUGGAGAACUUGCUCUGAUGAUGAACGGCAACAGCAUGGGCCUAAGUGUACCAAUGUUGAAACGUGAAGAUUGUUUUCCGAGGACAAAUCCAGUGAGCAAAACCUCCAGAACACCAGCGAGCAGUGGUGGGAGCAGUAUGGGGAAGAAAAUGGUUGGUUUUGGUGCAAACGUGGAAGAUGGGCAAACCCUUCUGAUGCAAACCAAGAGGGGAGGCACUAAGUCAAGGAAAGGGACAACUUCAGGACCUAGGAAGGAUGCAGCCACGUCACCUGUGCUGACAGGCAGCAGUAAAGAGCUUGCAACCACAGCCACAUCACCAGUCCAGCAUGACACUUCACGGUAAGCUGCUAGGUAAUCUCUGGUUUAAGAUUCUGCAAACACAACCAUCAGAUUCUCCUAGAUGCAGGGAACUGGCUGAAUUUCUAUAUUUCAUGUUAGCACAAGCUGGAUAAUAUAAACUAAAAACUGCCAUAUCCUUUUGACAUUUAUAGUAAGCCUUAAAUUGCUUGUUAGAAUAAGAAAAGCAGGAAUAUGCCAAGUUCUAACAUUUUAAUUUUAGUUAGAUUUUGAACAGAAAGUAUUUUAUGUUCCAAGUCCUGACACAUUAGAUACAUUUGUAAAUAAUUUGAAUGGAUGGUGUUAACCCUUGUUAGGUUUUAAAUCCAGUUGAAGAUUUUAAUCCCCCUGUAUUCGCUUCCCCCCCCCCUCCCCAUUUUAUCAAAUGGUGUUUCUUUUAAAAUGUUUUGUGCCAGAGUUAUUUUAUGUUUAAUGAGAAGCAACAAAAUCACAUUAAGUCAGCAAUUCCUGAUUAUACUAUAUAUCUGCACUAAAUGCACUGGAAAAGCAGCAUUAUCACUUCUGCUCCAAUGCCGAAACAGAAAGCAGCAUUGUUGUUAGACUUAGGAGUCUAAAAACAACUUGCCUUCUUUAGGCAGAAUUACAAUUCUAGCUGUAAGUGCCUAGCAAAAUAGCAUACAAUCCUUGCUUUUCUUUAUCAUAUCCCACAUUUUCUCAUAAUAAAAUCUUUAGUUAAGCAACAAAGUAAGUGCAGAUUAAAGUAUGAAGUUGCUGUGUUUUACACCACUAGUUAGAUGACUUUGUGCAGUGGGAUGACAAGAAUGUAUGACUGUUCAUAAGACGAGUUAAAUGUUUUUUGGAGAACGAGAGGGCUUGAGUCAGAUUUAAUCUUCUCCUGGCCCAGUGGACUAGGAAAAUGUAUGCUUGAUAUCAUCCCUGUAUUCUUGGCAGCAGCUGGCAGUUUAUUUCUAUCUUCUGAGAGAACUUGCGAUAUAUAAUAGGUGAAAAACCACUAUCAAUAUUGACAAAUUUGUACUUACUUGCUAUGGAAACACUUUUUGUUUUCUUCUGAAGGAAGGGAUGAUAAUUCUGGGAGGAUUUAAGAACUGAGAUAGAUUGGGCUCUGUUUCCCACAAGUAACUAUGUUUAAACAAACAGAAACCACAAGAUUGCCUAAGCAUUUCUCUUGGAAGCACAGGUUACCUUUGCAAGAUGGUAAUAUCAGAUAAAGAGUGUGUAAAGAUACUGCUUGAUACCGUCUAAUGGUGAUAAGUUGACAUUCCAUUCAAGCACUGAGGAGUAGAUAUAAUUAUUCACACCAUACAACAACUGCUCAGAAAAAGGAAUUUUAUUCAAGAGGAUUGAUGGUCCAUUCUUCUCCACAGAGGGGAGUAAAAUAUUUGUUGAAAUAUGCUGUUAGAAAUCAUAUCAGAUAAAGUGAUCAGUAAAAGGAGUCUGAUUAGCUGUCAUCCUUAAAGGUUUAUUUUACCAGUUGAUGACAAAUUUUGAAAAAUCCUGUUUUUCUGGGAUGCUCUCUCCCACACUUCCUCACUUUCUUUCUUUCCGUUGGUGCUGUAAGUAUAAUUGACCAGUUUAAGCAGCCAUGUUGUGCUUUCCCUUACUCAUGGCCUUCUCUAAUUGAAAAUGGUAAAUGGACAAGUAUUUCUGUGGAGACCUAGAGCUGAUCCUAUCCUUCAUCAAAAAACCUGCAUGGGCAGCAGGUCAGUCUCAAUUUAUCACUGAAUGGUUAUAAGCUUAGACUGCAGGUUUAACUAACGAAAUUAAUCAAUAUUGCGAAUUAUUGUUGCUUUUGUGCCACUAAAGUUAGGGUUUGUCAGCAUGUUCAUUAUAAUCUGUGAUGUGGGGGGAGUUAACAGCUUAACCACAACAGUUGGCAUGGGUCUGAAACUUGCAGCACAAAACCCUAGCCUAAGAGCAAAUUUAUUUAUUCGGCAGUACAUGUAAACCUAAUUACUUUUGACUAUUUAAAUUUAUAGGACUAGAUUCAACUCAUGUUUGUGCCAGCUUUAACUAGCACAAACCCUGGCACCCGGCAGUAGCAGCAAUGGAAAGCCUGCCAGGGAGAAGGUGCUGGAAAGCGACAGAAGCUCCCUGCCAGCGCAAGGCAUCAGGGUGCUAGCGCAGCUUCUGGGGAGGGCUGGCUGGAUAAGCAGGCAUGGCAGGUAGAAGAUGCAUUGGCUUGAUAGCCUGUCUUGGCAGGGCUCAACCAGAGGCUCCAGUGUGUUGCAGCUGCUUCCUGCUUGAGGACGAAUCACUGCACUGCUACUUUCUUCUCUCUCUCGGAAUGAAUCAUGUCUGGGACAGGAAAUAACUGUCCCUAGAAGGUAAAGGUGUGCGCUUUGAGAGCCUUCAUGCUAGACCUGUAGAAGGACCAAACUUGCAGAAUGAGUGUGCACAAGGUGGUUUCAGUGAUAUCUCUGAAAGAAAAAUAGGAUUUCUUUAUCUGGCAUCCUAAGUUGGGCUAAUAGUGGAUUUGUCUGCCCAUCAUGCUUCUAUGCAUGCCUGUCUCUGCUUUUCGUAAUACAGCCAAGCAUUGCAUGUUUGGUUACCCAAUGUUCUUAAGCCAAGUGUCUACACCUGCAUGAGCCCCUUGAAAUUAUGUUCACAGCAGAUCCCGAAAGCUUUUCUGCUCCAUGUGCUUAUUUAUCUAGACCAAAGCCAAUAUAUCUGGAAAAAAAAUCACAGGCAAUGCUGGGGCUGGGCAGAUUUGGAAGAGUAAGUUUGUUCCUUACCCCUAAAGCAUAGUUCCUCUGACUACCUUAAACAUUACCUUUUUGGUGACCAGGAACAUGUUUUUCAUAACUGUUGUUUGCCUAGAAGAAAGACUUUGGGUUUUGGCUGUGAGCUGGAAGGGAGCUGGAAAUGGGAGGUUGUGGCAUUUGUAUGCUUUCAUUUAGUAAUGAAGAAGUUUCUACAUAAACUAGAUCUUACCCUGGGUAUAAUCAGGUACUGAUUUUCAGCAAAACAAGUGUUGUUUUGCAAAACAGAAACGAAACUGCUCUAAAUCAAAGUAUUAAGCUAUUCUUUUU